UUACAUAGCUCAUCUAUAAAAACUCUAUUUGUUUCCUUCAAACACUUACACCCGUAUAAGUAAUCUUUAAAUAUUUACAAGUGGAAAAAAUCACAAGAAAUGGGAAGAUCACCAACUAGUAAUGAUAAAAAUGGACUCAAGAAAGGUCCAUGGACCCAAGAGGAAGAUGUUAAGCUCAUAGAAUAUAUUCAAGUUCAUGGUCCUGGAAACUGGCGUAGCCUCCCCAAAAAUGCUGGACUUGAAAGGUGUGGAAAGAGUUGUCGUCUUCGUUGGACAAAUUAUUUGAGACCAGAUAUUAAGAGAGGAAGAUUCUCAUUUGAGGAAGAAGAAACUAUUAUCCAACUUCACAGUAUUCUUGGCAACAAGUGGUCUGCCAUAGCGGCUCGUUUGCCGGGAAGAACGGACAAUGAAAUAAAAAAUUAUUGGAAUACUCAUAUAAGAAAAAGACUUUUAAAGAUGGGACUUGAUCCAGUUACUCACAGCCCUCGUCUUGAUAUAUUAGACUUAUCAUCACUCCUUAACUCCACACAACUCAACCUUUCAAGUUUACUUGGACUACAAGCACUUGUAAACCCUCAAGUCAUGAGACUUGCCACUUUAGCCUCUAAUGUUUUUGCAUCUCACACUGAAACUAAUCCAGAAAUAUUAUUACAAAAACUUCAAGAAACCCAAUUUUUGAACACACAAAUUCAAAACCAUGAAGGGCAAGAAGAGUUGCUACAAAAGUUUCAAGAAAAUCAAUUUUCAAAUGCCCCAUUAGAAAAUCAUACCCCAACUAUUUUCCAACCUAAUAAUAAUCAGACUCAAGAAAUACCAACAUGCACACAAUCAAACGUGGGACCAUAUUUGGUGAGUGACCAAAAGUUACCUGAAAAAGUGAUGCUACCAUUGCAAACCUAUGGCCAAAAUUUAAAAGAAAACGCAUGCGAACAGAAUUUCAGCUUCGAUUCAAUUUUGUCAUCAACACCUUUGUCAAGUAGUGUAGAAGAUGAGAGAGAUAGCUAUUGUAGUAAUUUUAUGAAGUUCGAGAUUCCAGAGAGUUUAUAUUUUGAUGAUUUAUUGUAAAUAUUGAAAAUGGUCAAUACUUUUGGUAUGUUUAAUUUGGAUGGAACCAUUGCAUUGGUACGUUUUUUCCCAUUUAGUCCAUUCAAAUUUUUUG